GUACUGAGAGCGUUUACAACUUUUAUCUGCAUCGUUACAAUUGUACGGAGCGUGGUUACAGCAAUUUGUUUAAGUUUUUUUUGACGAAUAAUCCUACCCCUUGCUGUAGCAUUGCCGUUCAAACGAGUUUCGUGUGACCGAAUAGAUUACAUCCGGGGACACAAUGGCCAAGUGUCGACAGCGCCUUUCCCGCCUCGGCUCUGAAACCCACACACAACAAUAUGGCGGAUGCAAACGUCGUAGUUGACCACUGUACGGAAACCGAAUCUAUCGUUAACCGUUGGACUUUCGACUAUUAUUUUUCUUUAGCGUUUGAGUUAUUUAAAAGUGACCAAUACGAGGGCUUUUGUGAAAUAAGAGAUGUUCUUGAAAGUAUUUUGCGCCGUCCGCUGUCAUCCAAUGAUGUCAUUCAUGCAAAAAUUCUGGUAUUACAGUUACUCUCCCGGAUUAAUGAGGGCGACAAACUUGACUUGUUGUUUGAAACCGAUAGCUCAAUAACACCUCUGGAGUCCGCCCUGAAGCUGCUGGAAAAUAUGAGCCAGAGAAGUGAUGUUCCACAAGAGGACUUAAAAAGCGUUUGUACGUCUGUUAAGGAGAUGAUGGUGAAGGUUUUCAUUAAGAACAAGGACUUUGGCAAAGCAAAAGAGGUUCUCCACAAAUAUUUUAGCAAAUCAGUGGGUGUCAAGAAAACUUUAUUCAUGGAUCUCAUCAGCCGGAGGAGUAACAAGCAUAAAGUCAUUGAAGAAAUGGACCUGAGGGAGUUAAAAGAGGAGGUGUUGACUUUUUCCUUGAAACUCUUCACAUUCAAUGUUCCAUUUUUUCACAAGGCUGCAAAGCGGCUUCUCAAUGAACGUGAUAAACAGAGUCAUGACUGUAUGACAACGGGUGAACCAGGAGUUUCGUCCAAUGCAGAUCGGCCAAAUAAAAGCAAUUCCCAUUUGCUCAGAUGUGAACAUUCACUUAUCCAGAAGAGCAGACUGAUGUCAGCCUAUCAGGCUUUGGCCAAAGGUGCACUUGCAAUUGCCUUUUCUGAACUGGAAGAUAUAGUGGAACACGAGACGCCUGAAACAAUGUGUCUAGGUUCUGAGAGGGAGGAUACAAGUCAAGACUCUGAGCACGACGAGCGGUUUCAGAGAGACUCUGGCAGCCCCGUGGAGGCUGCCCUGGCGGGCCCACAUACUCAGACUGAUGCCCCUCCUCAGUCAAAGACAGGCUCACCACAAAUCACCACCACAAGGAGGAAACGGCAGCUUUACACUGUGUCAAAAUUUGUGAUGGAGCCGGACAGUCAGACAAACUCGCAGCGCACAGCUUCUCAGGAGCAAGAGGCUACAGUUGGAGUAGAACAGCCGGGACAGUCGCAGACUGGGCACAGUACAGAUGAGGAGGUUGUCACCACAAAGCGACACAGACAAGCUACAAAUACAUUUACAAAGAGAAAGUCCACUCAAAGUGACUCAGCGGAACUGCCACUGAGCAGUGAAGAUGUGGUGCAGGACUCUCCAGUUAACUACAACAAAACUCCUCUCAAAAAAUUGGCCAGUGAUCUUCAGAGCAAACAUGUGCAAAUAAAUACGGGAACAGGAAAUAAGGAUGAAGUCUUGAUCACAGACUCACUAGACACUUCACCCUCUUCGUAUGCCUGUCGCCACAGCCCUCGGAAAAGUUCUACUCCUAACAGAGAGGCCAAGGACCCAAGGCCCUCCUACUCAAAAUGGCAUGACUUGUGUCACAAGGCCAAGGAGAGUAAGGUUGUUUGGACUAAUGAAGAUGACCUUAGCAAUGGAUCACCUAACAAGAGCUCAUCUUCGGGACCAAAGAAGAAGAAAUGGACUGAAGAGGAAUCACAGAAGCUGAAGGAAGGAGUGAAAAAAUUUGGAGAGGGCAACUGGAGCCAGAUCAAGUCUUAUUAUUCAUUCCGGGAGAGGACAAAUGUCCAACUUAAGGACCGCUGGAGAACAAUGAAGAAGUUAAACAUUGUGUGAGUGCUUUUUAAAAGAUUCGGAUUCCAGUGUACAGUUUCUCACCAGCUUCUCUUUAUUUUGUUUUCAUUUGUGUAUCACGUUCAAUUUUUUUCGCUCAUCUUAUUUUAUCCUCCUUCAGUUUUCUUUCAGCAUUCAUCAUGUUUGUGGAAAAAAACAUGGCAGAAUUGUAUUUGUUCUCUUUGCGCACAAUGGACCCUCUUCAUUUUCAAUGUAUAUUUUUUGUUUUGUUUGAAACCUUCAGCUUUUUUUCCUUGCUGCUAGUCUUUGUUUUUGCAGAGACUAGUGUAGAUGUAUAGACUCGAUGCCUGUCAUGAUGAAUUUUCCUGGAUGGUAGUCCUCCAGAUUAUUGCAAUAAACAAUAUUGUCAACAUUAUGUUGAGAC